AUGAGCCCCGACGUCGUGGCGAGAGAACGUCUGAACUCUUCGAUCUGUUGGGCCGAAGCGAGGGAGAGUGACGAGACGAGAGGACGUGGAAUGAUGGAAACCACUGACAAUGAUACAGAAACAUGUAUAAACACCGGUACAGAGGAGGAACUCACAGUGGGAAACCGACCACCACAGGAAACAAACGCUGUGAUAUGCCAGAUCUCAGAAGUGAAAGACGGUGAGGAUGAUGCCGAUUGCAUAAGGAAAAACGGCAGUCAAAUAGUUUCGCAAAGUAUAAGUGACGAAAACACGACAAAUGAAGAGGAUCGGAUACCAGACGGAGGUUGGGGUUGGAUUGUCGUCUUCGGCGCUUCGCUCGUGUUGGUCUUGGUGGACGUGAUCGGCCAGUGCUUCGGGAUCGUGUUCUCCACCUUCCUGCUGGACCUCGGGACGUCGUCGGUGAUGACUGCCUGGAUCUUCAACAUGUUCGGCUUCCUGUGGUGUCUGACGGGGCCUCCGCUGAGUCCUCUGAUCAAGGAAUUCGGCUGGAGGAGAGUUACCUUCGUGGCCUCCUUCCUCCUGGCGGGGUCGACGAUCUCGUCUGCCUUCGUUACGUCCGCCUGGGCACUCUUCUUCACGUACUCUGCCCUUGGGGGCAUCGCUUGCGGGCUGCUCUCCAACAUAAGCUACAUGAUCGUGCCUCACUACUUCACGACGAGGCGCGGCCUGGCCAGCGGCAUCAUCAUGAUGUGGGACUGCGGCGGCCAGCUCUUGGGGUCGCCCCUCGUCAAGUUCCUGCAGGACGAGUACGCUUACAAGGGCGCCACGCUCAUCCUCGGGGGCGUCGUCCUCAACUGCUGUGUGGGCGCCGCGCUUUUCCACCCCGUGGAGUGGCACUUGAAACCGAGGGUCGUUCUCGCUGAGCCCCCCGUCGCAGGAUCUCCGUCGGGCGCCCUCGGGGAAGGCUUGGCGCGGCGGUCGAGCAGCCCGAGGCCGCCGACGCGAGCGCUCGCCUGGCGCCUCGUCCAGUCGACCCUGGAGGACCUGCGGAUCCUCUCCUCCGCCCGGGCCGUCAUCAUCGCCGUCGGCGCCACCGUCAUCUUCAACGGCUACCUCAAUUUCCUGGCCUUCGUCCCGUUCGCGAUGCAGGAGGCGGGCCACUCGCUGGGAGACGCCGCCGCCUGUGUCUCCGUCUCGGCCGUCUGCAACAUGCUGACGAGGAUCACGGUGGCCGCGCUGUCGGACACGAAGGCGUUCAGCUUCAGAGUCUGCUACAUGCUGGGCGGCCUCACGAUCACCGCGGCCAUGCUCGCAUUUACCCUUCUGGCGGACAUGGCAUGGAUCAGAGUGACCAUGGGCGUGUGGGGGUGUGGUGUGGGCGCCUUCAUGAGUAUCUUCAACCUCGUCAUGGUGCAUUACAUGGGGAUCGAUAAAUUCAUGCCCAUGCUCGGGGCGACGAUGCUGUUCAUCGCGAGUGGCUACCUCACUAUCGGCCCGCUUGCAGGGUACAUCCGGGACACUACAGGUAGUUACAACGUUGCCAUAUGGAUGCUGGCUGCCACAGUUUUCUCCAGUUGUCUCCUCUGGCUCUUUAUGCCGGCUGCUGAGAUCUAUGACUCUACGAGGGGGCUUCAAAAACCUCGUGGAAAAGGAAACUAUGAAAAAAAAGCUGUAGCGUGA